AUGAAUAAUUAAAAACAAUCAAUGCUAUAGAAUGAUAAAUGCCUUAAAGGUUUUGAUUAGAAUAUAAAGUCCUAUAAUUUGCAUAAUUAAUACCCUGUACACAAAAAUUUAUGGUGCAAGACUUUUGCAUUUAUUAAGGAUGACUCAAUUUUAGUAAUUGGUUUUAAUAAUAUGAUAAAAGAAUAUCAGAUAAAGAAUGGAAAUAUGAAAUAGUUUUAAGUUUUACUAGGGCAUAGGUUUGAUGUUAAUUGUUUAAAAUGGGCAAAUUUUUAGAAUUAGCUUAUCUCAGGAGGGCAUGAUGGGAAAAUUUUUUGUUGGCCAAAAAAUCUUUCGAGCAAUUCAAAAUUUAUCGCAAAAUGUAAUUUUCAUUCACUUUCCAUUACUCACUUUCUAAUGAAUUCGAAAGAGGAUCUCUUGAUAACAGCCAGCAUGGACUAAACAAUUAAAUUUUCAGAAAAAAAUAAAUAGAAUUAGAUUUGGGAAUGUUCCUAAGUUAUAACAGAGUAUAGAGAUACUAUAUUUAGUUUAAGCUUAAGUUAAAAUGAGAAUAAAUUAAUCUCUUGUGGAUAUGAUAAUUUAAUUUUAGUUUUACAAAAAGAUUAAUAGUUUAAUAGAAACAAUUGGAUUGUUAAAUAAAGGAUUAUUUUGGACCUUCAUGGAUAUAGAUUAAGUUUCAUAAAGGAUGAUUUAUUUUUAUUUUAACCUUAUAAUAAGGAAGAAAUAUGGAUUUAUGAAAUUUCAAAUGAUCUAUUUAUAAAGGCAAAAACUAUUCAUUCAAAAAGUGACUGUUUAGAUUUUGGAACCUUAUUUCCUCACCAAUACAUUUAAUCUAAAAACAUCAUCUUAGCUAAAAAUGGUAACUACAUUCAUUUGAUUAAAUUUGAUAUUCAAGAUAAUUUAGAGGUCUUUUAAUCAAUAAAUUUUGGAGAUUAAUGUAUUUAUGGGUAAUUAAGCAAUGAUGGGUAGUGUUUGAUAACUUGGGACAAUAAGUCCAACUUGAUUUAAUUUAGGGUAUGUGAGAAAAAAUGA